GGUCGCCACUGCAUGCACACAGGCUUUGUUUGCUGAAAUAAAUAGGCUAGAUGAAUAAAAUUGUAGCCAAAAUUCUAUCACUAAAAAAUAUAAUCAGAGGUUUCGGGUAUGAAAUAUACUAUAGGCCUAUCAUGAUAGUCUUCGUAAAACAAUCGGCCUAUUCUUUUGGUUGUGCGUCUUUACGCGUUUACGCUGUAGCCAUUACAUGCCUACGAGGCUACUGAGGAAAGGAUGCAGCAUUCUUACUCACACAUCCAUCCCCGACAAAUGAGGAAACGAUCAAAUCCCAAAAGGGUUUGUCUAUAAAGAGCGCAGAACUAGUCUACACACUGGAGAUGGGGUCUGGACAUAGGAUCGAACGCUCGUUCCUCGUCUCGUGCGCAAAUGGAGAGAUUAUAAUAGAAUUUGGCAACAUGGACAUGGCAUUUACUUUGUCUCUCUAAAACGAUUUUGAAAGCACAGAGCUGUAUGAAGAGGAGGGAGGACCAUGUCUGAGAAGAAAUCCCGGAGUUCUGACACCCGUCCCAAAUGUGGCAUCCGCAGCUGGAGUGCCGACAGCUACGUGUGGAGCAGCAAGAAACGUUCCCGGAACAACCCGGGCCUUCGGGGUCCGGAGGGGGAGGGGCCGAUGGAUGAGCAGGGGGUGCGUUCCACCUCAUGUCCACGGCGACGGCGAGAGAGGAAGUGUAGCUGCACCGUCUUGGGGGAAAUCGACACGGACGUCCCCUGUCGAAAAGGCCUUUCUCGACGCUCCCUCCGGCAGAAGUUCCAGGAUGCGGUGGGCCAGUGUUUCCCUCUCCGCAACGGCCACCACCACCAUCACCACCACCACGGCCACCCAACAGGCGCCUCCAGGGGGGCAUUCUCUGUGCUACUCUGGUCCAAGCGCAAGAUCCACGUCUCGGAGCUCAUGCAGGACAAGUGUCCCUUCUCACCCAAGUCGGAGCUGGCCCACUGCUGGCACCUCAUCAAGAAGCACGCCACCCACCCCAGCACCAUCGUGGGCCUAGAGGUUGCUCAGGCUUCCCAGGCUGCCAGCAAAGAACAAUUCCCAUCUACGUCCUCGUCCCUGCCUUCGACACCUCUUUCCUGGGAGGGCAUCAGCUCGAGUAGGCCCCUGAGCCUUGAGGACUGGGACCCGUCCUGUCCACAAGGUGGCGCAGCCCAUGGUGGCAGCCAUACCGAAUACAUCCUGGUCCCGGACCUCCUCCAGAUCAACAACAGCCCGUGCUACUGGGGCGUGCUUGACCGCUUUGAGGCCGAGGAGCUCCUGGAGGGCCAGCCAGAGGGCACCUUCCUCCUCCGCGACUCUGCCCAGGACGAAUUCCUAUUCUCAGUCAGCUUCCGCCGCUACAGCCGCUCCCUCCAUGCGCGCAUCGAGCAGAACGGCAAGCGCUUCAGCUUCGACGGACGCGACCCGUGCAUGUACCAGGACCCGAGUGUCACGGGCCUGCUCCGGCACUACAGCGACCCGGCCACAUGCCUUUUCUUCGAGCCCCUCCUGUCUCUCCCCCUGCCGCGGACUUUCCCCUUCACCCUGCAGCACCUGUGCCGCGCGGUGAUCUGUAGCUGCACUACAUAUCAGGGCAUUGAGAUCCUUCCACUGCCCUAUCAGCUCAAGGACUAUCUUAGACAGUACCACUACAAGUGCAAUGGGGCUUGUGCAGUAUAGAACAAUUAUAAUUACUGACUAUCGUUAUUGUCCCAUGGUUUACUACUCUUCCAUAUUCACCAUUUUUUAUCCGUUUUCAGAGACUUGUGAAGAGCCUGACUGCAAUAUGGGUGCUUUGUAUACUUUUUUAUGUCUUUGUAUGAAAGUUUAAUCGGACACACAAGAGACUUGAAUGAUGUGCCCGUUAUGAGCUGUCAAGGUUUUGGCUGGACAAACUGGAAACAGGGGCCAAUAAAGGAUUCUGUAUGAUACUGUAGUUACGGGGAAAAGAGAGUGAGUGAGAGAGAGAGAGAGAGAAAGAGACCCACUGGGCACAGAUGUCCAUUUUUCAGCAAUUCCA